CGAAUAAUCUAUGACGUCAACAUAUACAAAUAAUAUCUCGCAGCAUAAGAUGUACUUAAAUGUUAAGGUAGCUUUGCGACCUAGUCAUUUACCGACGCCUAGUUGAUAUAGAUGUUCAUAUUUAUGUUACCUUAAGACGUGAUGUCGAGAUAUAAGUGUGCCGUCCUUCAGUGUGUUAUUUUGGUCUUAAUGAUCGUCACGAUAGCCAAGGCUCAGUGGGUUGAGACGAACGACAUUCCUUAUAACGUUGGUCAUGUUUUCAGUAAAAUCAACCGCCUCAGAUCUCAGUAUCAAGAACCUCAAGAAGAAUCUCAGCAGCAGAUUCUAGUGAACUCUCUUCUUCACAAUGGAAAAUCCGUGGAUCAUACUACGGUGACGUCUUUAUUAGACGGCGUUAGACAGCUAGAGGCGGGGGCCCUGGACGUCAACGUCUCCGAGACGUGCUUCAAUAGAACUGUGCGGUAUCUCGAGGGACUGAUGAAUAGGCAAUACUGGGCCAUAAGAAUGUUUGAUGCCUCGGCCAAACUACCAAGCGGUGUGCUGGACGGGAAUUUCAGAUGGCUAGGUUCCUACAGCGAGUGUCUGGCCGUGGACGCCUAUGUCCUGUACAAUGUGACCAACCCUGACAACACCACCUGGACAGCGGAUGACCAGUUUGGUGGACAGUACUCCCGGCCAACCACCCGCGACUCUUAG